CCUGGUUUGGCCAUGGCGGACCCAGUGCUGACAUGGGCGCCCAAUGAGAGGGCGUGGGGCGCUGGCGCUUUUUGUCGCCGUCUAUGCUGCAGACCUGCGGAAGAAAGGAGCCGAUUUCUGGUCCUGUGCCGAGAACGAAGUGCACUGGCACCGCUUGCGUGAGACCGUGCGAUAUGUGGCUUGGAAACCUGGGCGGUUGCCCAGUGCAGAACAUUUCACUCCGCUGCUGCCGUUGUGGCUGUCCCUCAAGACAGGCCAUGACAACCAGUCCAAGCUGACCGAAGAAGCUCCAUGCCCUGCAGGGGAAGUCUUCUUCAUGCUGCUACAUUUCUUGAUGUCCCAGUUGCAGCAAGUGCGAAAAGAUGGCAGCAUCGAGAUGAAUGAUUUGGUUGCUGCCUUGGCAAUGCUGCGGGUGAGGAUUCCCUCCAUGUCUGCAGCGUUGCGUUCCACGUGGCCCAUCUUUGGGAUCCUCGCUGUGAUCCAACAGAAGCUGCUGAAGCUGGGAGCCGGUGCCUCCGAUGCGCCCGGGGCGGCGCUGAAAGAUGGGGCCGCGCCCUUCAGCGAAGCGCUGCUUCAAUUUGCCAGUAUUUGCGAUGAAGGGCAAGUUCUCUUCCAGCAUCUCAGCGCCUGGUUGGAGGGCGAGCCACUGCCGUUCGCAGCUCGCCUCGAUGCUCUGCAUCUCCUCCGCCGUGGACCGGGACCUUGCGAUGGCCAAGCGCUGGCCGUGGCGCGGCUGAUGGCUGCAGGAGUGCUGAGGUCAGACGUUUGGCCUUCCCCGAACGUCAGCCAAUGGAGGAACGACUUGAAUCGCUUGCUGACCUUUUUGGACCGAAGUCUCCUAACCACAAGCUGGAAUCGCAUGGUCUUCAGUGGAUGGCCCUUACUAGCGGUUCUACAUCGCUUACAAGAGGCCCACUUCCGCGACGCCGUGUGCGAAGCGGCCGGCGGCUAUGCCUUGCUGAGUCGGGCGGUGCCAUCCAGUGUUUGGCUUUGCGUGAGCCCUGGUGAGGAUCUGGUUGCAGAGAGGUGGCGUAGCCAUGGGGAGUUUGUGGACUGCUCCUACAUUGCAUCAUUGCUGGGCUAUGGCAAUGGUCUCUUUUUAGAUGUAGGUGCGAAUCUGGGCGCCUGCACUCUACUUGUAGCCAAUCAGGGCUUCAACGUCCUGGCGCUGGAGCCCAACGGAAACACUGCGAAGCUGCUGAAAGCCGCGGUGCUGCGGAAUGGCCUGGAGCAAAGGGUCAGAGUGCUGCAGGUGGCAGCUGGCCAGCAGAAGGGCCAUGGCCAGCUGAAAUGCUGGGGGCAUAGCGCCACAUGCCAGGUCUUUGAAGGCGGCAGUGAGGUGGAGAGCGUGUCUCUGGACUCCUUGGAGAUCGAGACUCCACAGCUGGCGUUGAAGAUCGACGUGGAGGGCUCGGAGGAAGAGGUCCUCCUUGGAGCCACGGAAGUGCUGAAGACCCGACCCACGCUCUUCUUGGAACUUCACUCCUUCGAGCUCCGUGAGCGCAAGAGCUCCAGUGGCCAAGUGGUGGACAGGCUGUUGGGGGACCUGGGUUACGAUGCGGUUCAUCCCUUGUUCGACUUCGAGUGCCAAAGGUGUGUGGCUGAGAAUGGCACCUACCAAGCUGCCGCCUGGACGAUGGAGUCCCCCUGGCAAACCUGGCGCGAGACACGCAACGCCUGCGCUUGCCGCAAGGCCUGUUGGCAACAGCUGCUCCAAGGAUGUAGAUGUUGGGACUUUGAUGCAGAUGGGCUUUGCAGACUCUAUAGGAGCUGCCAGGCUCCGCCCCAGUACUGCCAGUCAGCCGACAGCUGGGCCGGCGAAAUGAAUGGCAAUUGGGUUUUCUCCAAAAAGUGUGCCCGUUGAACGGCUGCGUCAUGCUUUUUUGGGGCGUUCCCGGAGGUUUG